GUCGGCACUGUGGAGAUGACAUUGCUGGUUUGGUACCAAGGAAAGUAAAAACUGUUGCAGAGAAGUUUAACUUGAGCUUUCCUCCUAGUGAGAUAAUUAGCCCAGAGAAACAACAGCCCUUCCAGAAUUUGUUGAAGGAAUACUUUACAUCUUUGACCAAACACCUGAAAAGGGACCACAGGGAGCUACAAAAUAUUGAAAGACAAAACAGACGCAUUCUUCACUCCAAAGGAGAGCUGAGUGAAGAUCGACACAAGCAAUAUGAGGAAUUUGCAAUGUCGUAUCAGAAGCUGUUGGCAAAUUCUCAGUCUCUGGCUGAUCUUUUGGAUGAGAACAUGCCUGACCUCCCCCAGGAGAAACCUACGCCCGAGGAACAUGGACCUGGUAUUGAUAUUUUCACACCAGGAAAGCCUGGAGAAUAUGACCUGGAGGGGGGUAUCUGGGAAGAUGAAGAUGCUAGAAACUUCUAUGAGAAUCUCAUUGACUUGAAGGCUUUUGUGCCAGCAAUUUUGUUUAAAGAUAAUGAAAAAUAUUCCCAGAGCAAGGAUUCCAGCAAAGAUGAAUCAAGAGAUUCAAAAGAUGCCAAAGAUAAUAAGGAAGCAGCUGGAAAUGAGGAUCUGGAAUUGGAGCUGGAGAACCUGGAUAUUAAUGAUGAUGCACUGGAGUUGGACUGUGGAGAUGAGGCAGAAGAUCUUACAAAGAAGCUUCUUGAUGAGCAAGAACAAGAGGAUGAAGAAGCCAGUACUGGAUCUCAUUUAAAACUCAUAGUAGAUGCUUUUCUUCAGCAGCUUCCAAAUUGUGUCAACAGAGACCUCAUAGACAAGGCAGCAAUGGAUUUUUGCAUGAAUAUGAAUACAAAAGCCAACAGAAGAAAACUGGUACGAGCCCUUUUCAUAGUUCCUAGACAAAGAUUGGAUUUGCUACCAUUUUAUGCAAGACUGGUUGCCACACUGCAUCCCUGUAUGUCUGACGUAGCAGAGGAUCUGUGUUCCAUGCUGAAAGGGGAUUUCAGAUUCCAUGUAAGAAAAAAGGACCAGAUCAACAUUGAAACAAAGAAUAAAACUGUGAGAUUUAUUGGUGAGCUUACCAAGUUCAAGAUGUUCUCCAAGAACGAUACUCUCCACUGUCUAAAGAUGCUUCUGUCAGACUUCUCUCAUCACCAUAUUGAAAUGGCAUGUACCUUGCUGGAAACCUGUGGAAGAUUCCUCUUCAGAUCACCAGAAUCUCACUUAAGAACCAGCGUUCUUUUGGAACAAAUGAUGAGGAAAAAACAAGCAAUGCAUCUUGAUGCACGCUAUGUUACAAUGGUAGAAAAUGCCUAUUACUACUGUAAUCCCCCUCCAGCUGAAAAAACUGUGAAGAAAAAACGUCCUCCUUUGCAGGAAUAUAUCCGUAAGCUUCUUUACAAAGAUCUCUCCAAGGUCACCACAGAGAAGGUCCUGAGACAGAUGCGCAAGCUGCCUUGGCAGGAUGCAGAAGUAAAGGACUAUGUUAUAUGCUGUAUGAUCAACAUCUGGAAUGUGAAAUAUAAUAGUAUUCACUGUGUAGCCAACCUCUUAGCAGGGUUGGUCCUUUACCAGGAAGAUGUUGGAAUUCAUGUUGUGGAUGGAGUGCUAGAGGAUAUUCGACUAGGAAUGGAGGUUAAUCAACCAAAGUUCAACCAACGACGGAUCAGCAGUGCCAAGUUUUUGGGGGAGCUUUACAAUUAUCGAAUGGUGGAGUCAGCUGUAAUAUUUAGAACUCUGUAUUCCUUCACCUCGUUUGGUGUGAACCCUGAUGGCAGUCCUAGUCCACUGGACCCUCCAGAACACCUUUUCAGAAUCAGACUUGUCUGCACUAUCCUCGAUACCUGUGGGCAGUAUUUUGACAGAGGAUCCAGCAAGCGAAAACUUGAUUGCUUCCUUGUAUAUUUUCAGCGCUACGUGUGGUGGAAAAAAAGUCUGGAUGUUUGGACAAAAGACCACCCUUUUCCUAUAGACAUAGACUAUAUGAUCAGUGAUACACUGGAACUGCUGAGACCAAAGAUAAAGCUCUGCAAUUCUCUGGAAGAAGCUGUCAGACAGGUGCAAGACUUGGAACGAGAAUUCUUAAUUAAAUUGG